GGCUGCUUGACAACAUGUGGCGAUUGGUAAUACAUAGAUUACGUAAUCACUACAAGAUAUGGGUUAAAACAGAACAGGAAGUUUAUAGACUUUUGUGAAAAAUAUGUAUGAAAAACUGACUCACACCUGAAUUUUACAAAUCAAAACAUGACACGCUUAUAUUUAGCCCAAUCCGCCAUAUUGGCUGGGAUAGUUACCAUUCUUCUCUCAAUCCCCAGUGGGCCAAUGAUAAAGAUGUUUUUAUCAAUGGAGGACUAUUCAAAUGGUCUCAGUGUUCAUAAAAAGUUACAGAACUUGAACAUCACCACUUCCAGUGAUUUUGGUGGCGUCAAAAAUACAACCGAACUAUUUUUUGCACGAUUGACCAAUUUCUUGGCUUGCGUCUUAGGUCUUAGCAUAACUUUGACAAUCCUGAUGAUCAUCCGACAAUAUAUUUUAUACACAACAGUUGUUUUCCUUUCUUUAUUUACCGCUGCCUUCAUAGGUUUGACCAUUUUGUCGGUUUUACUUUACAUGGAUCUGUACAAUGAACAUAUCGAUCCUUACACCAAAACGAGUGAUUUGCAUGGUCAAAUGAUAUCUUCGUUAAAAGACAAUUUUCGGAGUGACAACUUAACCACUGGAACCAAGAUAUCCAAUGAGUGGAAUCACUUAUUUAUAGACUUCGAAUGCUGCGGCGUCAACAAAGUGGUUGGAACUACCAAUGAUUUCGACCAAACCCCAUGGUGUACCACAAAGGGAAGUUGCCAAGCCACUGCAUCUCAGAUACCAAAAACGUGCUGCAAAGGUUUUACAAAAUAUGAUUAUGAAAAUGCUCCUACCGAAUGUCAUUCCUCUGUUAGCCCUGGUCAAUUCUAUGACAAGGGUUGCUUCUUUGUCAUCAAGAAAGAAGUUAUAAAGGAAAUUGAUUCUUUUACCAAUGGCAUUCUUACAGAGGGGCUAAGACUUAUUUUAGUCAUGGGGUCCUGUUCAUUAUUAAGCCUCAUUGGAUUGUGUGUUUUUAUUGGCCUAUGUUCGACCGAGAAUGGAGCGAAUAGGCAAACGAAAAAUGCAUCAACUAUGACCGAAGACUUGUAUCUGGAUUUUCAAAGAAACAAUCAUAAUUACUCAGCUAUGACCGACCAUGCCCAACACUUGUAUCCGGAUUUACCAAGAAACAAUCAUAAUUACUCAGCUAUGACCGACCAUGCCCAACACUUGUAUCAGGAUUUACCAAGAAACAAUCAUAAUUAUUCAACUAUGACCGAAUAUGCCGAUGAAAGGAUACGACACAUCACUCCUCUAUGAAAUAAAAAUGAUUUCAUAGCAAUAAUUGCAAAUAAUUUGGAAUUUAUUUUAUGUGAAUCAGUCCUCUUUAUAAGUAGCUUAUAU